CGCACUGACUGACAUUCACGCUAGAGUUACGCGCCAUAAUGAAGGCAGCACUAAUAUGGCGGUCACUCCGAGGGGACAAGAAACUCAACAUAUGUUGAUAUCAAAAUACAUUAUUUGAAGACGCCAUUUAUGGUGCCAAAGAUACGGCAAGUUAAAGAGUGGGAAUGAAAGGCAGGAUGCAAAAGCCAUUUAAAUACCAGCUACAUACGCACUUCACAUUACCGCCACGAAGUCUCGCCACCAAGGAGAAAGCUGCUAACGUGAUGUCGCAGUGCUUGGCUUGUAAUGGAGGCCAAAAGUGGGUACACCGACUCAAUGGAUUCGGAUAUCUUAGUGACACUUCCGGUUUCGGAGAAUCCAGAACAUGGAGCAGCAUCGCCUGUAGAAGAAGAUGAGAAGUUUCUUAUCCCCGACGGCGGCUGGGGCUGGGUCGUCUGCAUCGCCGCCUUUGUUGUGAACUUCAUUGCUGACGGCACGAUGUUCUCAUUCGGAAUCCUGCUGCUGGAGCUGCUCGACGAUUUUCACGAGUCCAAGGCCUUGACCUCCUGGGUUGGGUCAGCCCAGCUGGGCAUGAGCAUGUUGAUGGGUCCGUUGGUGAGUUUGUCACUGAAGCGUUUCAGCACCAGGCAGGUGACCAUGGCUGGCUCACUGGUGUGUGCACUAGGGUUAAUCUCAUCCGCCUUUGCACCCAGCGUGUCUGUCCUCAUCGUGAUGUACGGUCUUGUUGCAGGUACCGGUAUCUGCAUGAUUUUCCUGUCGUCCGUCAUCGCUGUCAGCCUGUACUUCGACAAGAAGCGAGCCAUCGCCACCGGCAUCGCCACCAGUGGUUCUGGCGUCGGCGUCUUCGUCUACGCCAACGUCUGCGACAUGCUGCUGCAGCACUUCACCUGGCGCGAGACCGUCCUUUUGCUGGGCGCCUUCCUCCUCCACUGCCUGGCCUGCGGUUGGUCUUCCGCCCGCUCGCCUCCGCGCGGCUCAGUCACCGGAAGCGGAAGACGUGUGGCAGAGAAGGCGGGCGCAAACAGGGAGGGGACAGCCAAGAGCUGUACAACUACGUGGAGGAAGAAGACGCCAAAACUGCAGACGUCGGAGGGACCAGUGGCAAGAAAAGCCCCGUUACUAUCCCCGCUCCACUGCAACCGCUGCUGCAAAAAAAGACAAAUCUUAACGGCGAGCAGCACCACCAGGUGGGAAACCAGCGACGCAGUGUUUGCUUGGCAUUCACUAGUCGCGUGCGGUGGCAGAUGUGGACAAAGAAUCCGCAGUAUUUUUGCGGUCCACCUCUUCAGCAACAAAGCAUUCCUCUUCCUGCUUGUGACAUUUUCCAUGUGGACAGUCCAGUCCGUCCCGCUGACCUACCUGCCGGACCUAGCCCUAUUGAAAGGCGUGCCCAGACACCAGGCUGCCUUCCUCAUCUCCAUCGUGGGCAUCACCAACACCGCCAGCAGAAUAGUCGCUGGCGUCCUCGUUGACCUGCUGCACCUGCGUUGCAUCUGGCUCUACGUCGUCGCCCUCUCCAUCGCCUCUGUCGUCUGCUACACGUUCCCAUGGUGUGAGGGCUUCGCCGGGCUGGCCGUCAACUCCGCAGUCUUUGGAAUGUGCAUGGCCGUGGCGGUGUCCAUGAGGACGAUCGUGCUACAGCAGCUGGGCUUGAAAAUGUUGACCCAGUCCUUUGGAGUUGUUGCUCUUUUCCAAGGCGUUUUCUUCACCCUGGACCCUCCCAUGGCGGGCAAGCUGUACGACGAAACUGGCGCCUACCUCCUGCCCUUUGUGAUGGCCGGUUCCAUGUACCUAGUCUCGGCUCUUUCCUCCUGGUGGUCGCCGUAUUCUUCAAACCCGCGCCCCUCUACCUACAGACUCUCGUUGUCGACCCUCGAAAAGAUCAAGAUGAAGUGAACAGCUAGGCUCCUCUUCGAAACCUCGCAUCUCUCCCCACCCUCCAUUCCAAAACAAAAAGUG